ACCUUCCGGUUACUAGUCCAACGCUCUAACCACUAGGCUACCCUGCCACCCCAAUGGGUGAGAAACAAAUCUAGUUAAUCCAUUUAUAAUUUAGGCUGUAAAACAACAAAGUGGAAUAAGGCGUAUGAAUCGUUUCCGAAGGCCCUGUAUAUAUCUACCUACAGUACGCUAGACUAACCAAGGUAAGCUAGCUUUACCAUAGACCUACAUACAAUUCGAAAAUGUCAUUAAACAAUUAAGGAUAAGUCUUUCACACCUCACUGAGUGACACUUCUCUAUGGAUUCUUAUGACACUCAAAUCAGCAACUACGGCAACAAAGUGUGGACAAAAAAGCCAAGUUAUGGUGUCUCCCAGCAACGCAGUGUGGGGACAGAGGGUAACACUGACCUGUAGAUCCACCUGUCCUCUGAGUGACAACCCCAACCCCACCUACAUCUGGUACAGGAAUGAACAACGUCUAGAUGAACCCACCAUUCAACAAUACUCUGUUAUCAGUUAUUUUACACACAGUUACUCCUGUGCUGUAAAAGGCCACGAGGAUCUGCACUCUCCUGCAGUGUGUGUUCUGGGUCAGAACUGUUUCAACGUGACUUACAUCCAUCAGAGUAUCUGUGCCUUGAAGGAGUCAACAGUGGAACUGCCCUGCACAUAUCAACAUCCAAGUUAUCAUGUAGUCUCAGAACCAAACUGGUAUAUCCAAGAGAAAUAUAAUGAAGCGCCUAAAAUCCUGAGCUCGGUGCCAGAGUAUGCAGGUCGUGCUGAGUACCUUGGAACUAAAGAGAAAGACUGCACCCUGAGAAUCACAGACCUGAGAGAGAGUGACUCAGCUGAGUACUGGUUCACAUUCAAGACUCGGACGCAACUCGAUUGGUAUAAUUUCCUUCAAAGAGAGGAGCGUGUCAGGCUGUCUGUCACAGGCCUGCAGGUGAAGGCGUCUUCUGCCAUGGUGACAGAAGGAAAGGCGGUGAUACUGACCUGUAGAACCACCUGUACUCUGACUGACAACCCCAACCCCACCUACAUCUGGUACAAGAAUGGACAACUCGUGAACACCCAAGAUAACUACCUGUUCCUAGACCCAGUCAGCAGAGAGGAUGCAGGCAGCUACUCCUGUAUUGCAAAAGGAUAUGAGAAUCUCCACUCUGCUGACGAGACUCUCACUGUCAUUUAUGGUUAA